ACUCUACAUGGUGAAUUUCCAAGGCAAUCUUCUUCUAAGUUUAUUUUUCUACAUGUUUUAUUUUAAUCGUGUCUUCAUAUCCUCCUGUGCACAGAUACUUAACCAAUCGAUCAAUGCAAUCCGUGAUUACUUGGGUCCUCCAGAUGCGUGUUUGCACGGAGUGGAGUUUUCUGUGUCUCCAGUGUGCAUUGCAGUCUAAUGGGGAGGCAAUAAAGGCAAACUCUUCACGAUGAUGUACGCCCUUCGUGCCUAGCAGCUAAUUCUGAGAGCCCUUGCCGUUUGGGUAAAGGCGUUGCUUUGUUCGUGGUGUUGAAGUGUAAACGUUCAAGUAAUGAGACUCAUUCAGAACGCAUUGUCACCACGAUGACGUUCAGGAGCUGUGCAGCAUUUUUAAUAUAAUCAAUUAGGAUGUCUGGAUUAAGUUACUUCCUUUUCUCAGUCUCUGCGUUUUUAAGAUACGCUUCGUUUCCGUCACUAGGAUGCUGAUUUAAAGCGAAAGCCCCUUUGAUCAAUGUGCUUACUAUUGCAUUUUAAUUAAUAUAGAGGCUUUUUAAAAAGUUCUAACAAGUAAAACGUCUCUGAUGCAAUUUGUAUUCAGUGUUAGCAUGAAAUAAUCGUAGCUGGUUUUGAUAUUUUUGUUAUUUAGUAUAUCAGUAUAUAGAUUGUUUGUUUUGUAUUGCAUGUGUUGUUAAUGGCGUGGUGCAGUUUGUUAUUUAGUAUAUCAGUAUAUAGAUUGUUUGUUUUGUAUUGCAUGUUGUUAAUGGCGAGGUGCAGUUUGUUAUUUAGUAUAUCAGUAUAUAGAUUGUUUGUUUUGUAUUGCAUGUGUUGUUAAUGGCGUGGUGCAGUUUGUUAUUUAGUAUAUCAGUAUAUAGAUUGUUUGUUUUGUAUUGCAUGUUGUUAAUGGCGAGGUGCAGUUUGUUAUUUAGUAUAUCAGUAUAUAGAUUGUUUGUUUUGUAUUGCAUGUGUUGUUAAUGGCGUGCUGCAGUUUGUUAUUUAGUAUAUCAGUAUAUAGAUUGUUUGUUUUGUAUUGCAUGUUGUUAAUGGCGUGGUGCAGUUUGUUAUUUAGUAUAUCAGUAUAUAGAUUGUUUGUUUUGUAUUGCAUGUGUUGUUAAUGGCGAGGUGCAGUUUGUUAUUUAGUAUAUCAGUAUAUAGAUUGUUUGUUUUGUAUUGCAUGUGUUGUUAAUGGCGUGCUGCAGUUUGUUAUUUAGUAUAUCAGUAUAUAGAUUGUUUGUUUUGUAUUGCAUGUUGUUAAUGGCGUGGUGCAGUUUGUUAUUUAGUAUAUCAGUAUAUAGAUUGUUUGUUUUGUAUUGCAUGUGUUGUUAAUGGCGUGCUGCAGUUUGCCGGUGUUUAUCUAGUCCCUGUCUGACAAUCACAAAGGAAUUUGCAUUUCUCAAGCUAAUCACCAAACACUUUUGACAGAUGUGGAUCGAAGCAAACAAGCCAGGAUUCAUGCCAUCCCUUUAAGGUCCAGGUGUGAGCAGCGCUUUAUUCUAGUGAGCGAUGUACGACGGCGAGGGGGCGGGGCCGGACUCGUGACGUCACGCAGAAGGAACUGAAGAUGGUUCCUGGCAGCACUUGGACUGCAGACAGCGGCGGCUGGACUCAGCUGUCAAAACACCGACAUAUAUGAGAACGAGGAAAGGGGGCAAAAAUACAUUUAUAGAACGGAAGAAAGUGUUUUCGGCUCUGUUAUGAAAAGCUGCACUGAAACAGCGAUGGGUUCGACCACGGAGGAAGAUUUUAAAGAGAAAUUGCUUUGGAAUGUUAAACGAGAGGUGAAGCAGCUCAUGGAGGAGGCUGUGACCAAGAAGUUUGUUCACGAGGACAGCAGCCACAUCAUCGCGCUGUGCAGCACGGUGGAAGUCUGUCUCCUCCACAUGCUGAAGCGCCGAGCGGCCGGGUUCCUGCGCAGCGACAAGAUCGCAGCCCUCUUCACCAAGAUCGGCAAGGUGUUCACCACAGCGGGGGAGGUGUGCAGGAAGGUGACGGAGCUGCAGCAGCAACAAGCUGAGGGAGGCAGGCGAGUCCAGUGCAGCGGUCAGGAGUCUCUGAGGAGGCAGGGCUCGACAGCAGGGAGAGCUCCCCCCUCCCUCACCCCCCAGGCCCUCAAGCACAUCUGGGUGCGCACGGCCCUCUUCGAGAAGGUGCUGGACAAGAUCGUGCAGUACGUCGUCGACAACUCCAGUAAAUACUAUGAGAAGGAAGCCCUGAUGCACGAUGCAGUUUAUGGUCCUAUUCUUGCAGCUCUUCUUGUUGGGCCGUGCGCGCUGGAGUACUCCAAGCUGAAAACCAGCGAUCACUUCUGGACAGACCCCUCGGCCAACGAGCUGGUCCAGCGGCACCGAAUCCACGGGGCCCACGGACGGCAGGACUCCCCGUCCAAGAGGCCUGCCCUGGGGAUCCGGAAGAGGCAGUCCAGUGGCAGCAUGUCGGAGGACAAGCUGGCAGCGUCGGCACGGGAUUACGUGGAGUCGCUGCACCAGAACUCCAGGACACACCUGCUGUACGGCAAGAACAAUGUGCUGGUGCAGCCGAAGGAGCACAUGGAGGCCCUGCGGGGAUACCUCUCUCUGCACCAGGCAGCUGGGCACCUCACCCUCAAGUGGACCCCCAACCAGCUGAUGAACGGGACCCUGGGGGACUGUGACCUGGAGAAGAGCAUUUAUUGGGAUUACGCCCUGACCGUGCCUUUAAGCCAAAUAGUGUGCAUUCACUGCCAUCAACGACCGGACUGUGGAGGGACGCUGGUGCUGGUGAGCCAGGAUGGGAUCCAGCGACCCCCCCUUCACUUCCCCGAGGGGGGGCACCUCCUGGCGUUCCUGUCCUGCCUGGAGAACGGGCUGCUGCCUCGAGGCCAGCUCGAACCCCCGCUCUGGACGCAGAGAGGCAAGUUCUCUGAUGCCACCUGCUGGGAGUCCACAGACACUGCAGGUCUGGGUAAAGUGUUCCCGAAGCUUCGGAGGAGGAACAGCGUGACCAAACUGGGGGAGGCGACAGAGGAGGAGAUUGCCACAGACUACGUCUUUCGAAUCGUCCAGGCCAGCCACCGGCACGACUCUGUCACUAUAAACUACCACCACAUGGCGGGGAGCCGCGUGCCCUCUGUGGACGAAGAUGAGGAAGAGGAGGAUAGGCUUCAUGCCAUGCUCUCAAUGAUCUGCUCUCGGAACCUCACAGCUCCUAAUAUGAUGAAAGACCCCAAUGAAAUGAUUGAGAUGCAGGGCUUCGGCAGCAGUCCCCUGUCCUGGCAGCAGGGGGAGUCCAACAGCCGUGUCUCUUCCUGUCUCUCCUGCUCCACAGGAAGCAGCAACACACCCCAUGACCUGCCCAUCGGCGGCACCUGUAUCCACGACAGGAUACCUCUGAAGAUGCUUUGUCAAAAUAUGAAGAGGCAGAUUGUAUCGAGGGCUUUUUACGGGUGGUUGGCGUACUGUCGCCACCUCUCCACGGUCCGGACGCACCUGUCCGCGCUCGUCAAUCGCAGCAUCGUGCCGCCCGGCGAGCCAUGCGAGGCUUCGGGGGGCCUCAGUAAGGAGGUGUGGAGCAAGCACCAGAAGGACUGCAAGAACUACAAGGAGCUGGAGCUGCUGCGGCUGGUGUACUACGGGGGCGUGGAGCACGAGAUCAGGAAGGAGGUCUGGCCCUUCCUGCUGGGGCACUACAGGUUCGGAAUGACCAAGAAGGAGAUGGGACAGAUCGAUGAGAAGAUGGCAGUGAAGUACCAGAAGGUGAUGUCGGAGUGGAAAGCCUGCGAGGUGAUUGUGAAGCAGCGUGAGAAGGAGUCUCACUCCACCGCCUUCUCCAAGUUCUCUUCAGGGAGUAGCAUCGACAGCCACGUGCUCCGUCUCAUUCACCGGGACUCCACCAUCAGCAACGAGGUGUUCAUGUCCGUGGACGAGCUGGACGCGGCGCGGCGAGACCGCGGCCAGGAUGACGGGGCGUCCACGCUGCUCAACGCGGGGACCCCGGGCGCGGUGGCUGCAGAUGAGGGCCCCUCCAUGGAGUUCGAGUCGCCGGACUCCGGCCUGCCCUCCUCGCGGAACUACUCGGUGACGUCAGGACACUCGCAGAUCAUGUCCAGCAUCGAGGACGAGACCGGGCCGGAGAUGGGGGACGAGGCGCAGGCGCACAGGGCUCGGAAGAUGCUGAGGAAGGAGGGAGCCCGGGACUCCAUCAGCGAGGAGCAGCUCUGCAGCCAGCUGGACAUGCUGAUGAGCGGAGAAGGGGGCGCCCCGCUGUCGUUCACUUCAUAUACGAUCGAGCUGCUGGACACAGUGGCCUUGAACCUGCACAGGAUAGACAAGGACGUGCAGCGCUGUGACCGCAACUACUGGUACUUCACUGCAGACAACCUGGAGAAGCUGAGGAACAUCAUCUGCAGCUAUGUGUGGGAGCACCUGGAGGUGGGCUAUGUGCAGGGGAUGUGUGAUCUCCUCGCCCCGCUGAUGGUCGUCCUGGAUAACGAAUCCCUGGCAUACAGCUGCUUCACCCAGCUCAUGAAGAGAAUGAGCCAGAACUUCCCAAAUGGAGGGGCUAUGGAUACACACUUCGCCAACAUGAGGUCUUUAAUACAGAUUUUGGACUCUGAGCUGUUUGAGCUAAUGCACCAGAAUGGGGACUAUACACAUUUUUACUUCUGCUAUCGCUGGUUUUUGCUGGAUUUCAAACGAGAGCUGCUGUAUGAGGACGUGUUUGCUGUGUGGGAGGUGAUCUGGGUGGCUAAGCACAUCUCCUCGGAACACUUUGUCCUCUUCAUCGCUCUGGCCCUGGUCGAGGUCUACAGGGAGAUCAUCCGAGACAACAACAUGGACUUCACUGACAUCAUCAAGUUCUUCAAUGAAAUGGCGGAGCGUCACGACGUUCAGCACAUCCUGCAGCUAGCCAGGGAGCUGGUGUACAAGGUGCAGACUCUGAUCGAGAACAAGUGAGCGUCACUGGAGAGGACCGACCCACCACAGAGUGUAGCCCAACCAGGGGGCCCCUGCGCUGACCGCUCUGAAAGAGGCCCGGUCCCCUUCCUCAACAGCACACCCAGCAUGACAAGAGAGUAAGGGAGAGAAAAACAAAAACGCUUUUAUAUUUGAAAAGAGGGGAGGGGACAAACUGAUAAAUUCAGGAAGCAGGUUGGAGGGUCUGAUCCAGUGUUUGUCUGCCUGCUUUUCCUAAGAAUGUUUGUACGUGUGUUUAAUUUUAUUUAGUGUUUCAUUACCAGGCUGUGAGGAGGAAUACAAGACAAAGACACAGACAGUAUAUCGAAAUGCCUUACAGACAGUAUAUUAAUAUGCCGUAGCACAGUCCUCUAGUCACGACUACAGUAUAAUGACCAUUUUUGUUGGCAGAUGGUAAAAUCUGUGUCUCAAUCGCUAUGGCUAUGGCUACUUACAAGGACAGCCAAACAGUGAAGUUUGGGGUUUUUAACUCCUUCCUGGGAGGCGGUCAGUAUUCAGUGUACUUGAACUGCUACUGGAACCCUGCUCCUUGCAAGGCAGUUCUAUAACCACAACCACUGAGCUACAGUACCAGUAUCUCGAUGUGUUGUGUUGGUUUACGGGUGACAUAAGAAAAUGAUGGACCACAUAUUACUGAAGAACCUAACUGAAACUUCAGUAUAUGGUGCCAUGAAGUAAAACAUCACUAUACUGCUACUAUUUUUGUAGUAGUGCCAAGGACCAAUCCUGGUUUAAAUAGGAUAUAUUGUAUGCCAAUGAUCCAGUUUUAACACAUCGUUUUAAACCAAUCGGAUUGCUUACAAGUGUAGCAUGACGUUACCCCCUGUGGUACACCAGCACUCCCGAAGCAUUGUGAUUGGCUGCUGACUGACGUAUACGAUUUUGUCCUGUAGUUUUAAGUGUAUUUAAUUCUGCGUUUUAUGUUAAAUCUUUUUUUUUUUAACUUAUCAAAUUCAAAAACAGGAAUUUAAACCAAAAAAAAUGUAAUAAAAUGCAUGACCUUUUAUUAUGUAAAUAGUUGACGUGUUAGAAUGUUUCUGAGAUGCACAAAUUGGAUUUUAAAAGAAUAUAUUUCUAAAACGUUGAUUUGGAGUAUAUACCCAGUUUUAGUGACGCACAGUAUUUGUGCCAGCCUGCUUUAUCCCGGAAGUGAUGUCAAAGUAACUGGCUGUAAGAGGCGAGUCAUGGAUCACUUCAACACAGACAAACACUACAAAUUCACAUACCUUUUUUUAAAGGUACCUGAAAAAGCAUUUACUUUAUUUAAUCCUACAGCACCGACUUUAAAAACAAGAAAAAAAUGUAAUUAUUUUGUAUUAGCGUUGUUGUUUUAAUUAUUAUUGUUCAGCUAUUAUUAUGCAUAUCCCAACUUCCACUAAAACAGCAGUUUUUUCAGUAUCUGCCAUAGCGAUCCUGUCAUGGCAUGGCAUGCAGGUCAAUACAGGGUGAAGUGGACUGCCAGCUCCGUUACUUGAAAAGGGCAUACGUUGUUAUAUAAACUGGUUGGUAUUAAUAUUGUCUGCGGUGCCCGUUUUCAAUUAGCCCUACUCUCUUCAUUCCACACACUCGUCUUCAGCAAACAGGGACAGCAAACAGGGAAGUGCCAGCGAGUGCUGUUAGUAAGAGAGGCUUUAUCAUUCAGACUGUGUGUGCAGAAGAACCGGAUUCAGCCUCUGCAUGAGAAACAUUGCAUUUCUCUGCUGUAAGGGUGUAGUCCUGCAAUGUGGCCACCAGGCUGCAUCACAGAAGACGAUUAAGAUUGACUGAAAUGAGCCACACUUCUACCUGUGGGUAAAAAACCCAAACCUGUUCUUGACAGCAGUGACAUUAAAAUGUACACACAUGGGUGCAAAGCCUGAUCCACAAUUGUGACCGACUUACACAGCUACACUGUGCUGAAGAGCAACAGCAACUUCUAUAGGAGUUUUUCCAGUUUCAGUAACUGCACUUUAUAAACAAGGCUGCAAAUGUACACUUAAAAGAUUGACAUGUAUUUUCACAAGCAGUAUUAAUUAGUGUAGGAAACAUGUUGCUGUACAUGAGGACACUAAAAUAACACUAAGAGAUCUUAUUACAAAAAAUAUUCUGAUUAAACGCUUUGUAAGAAAAAAAUAUCUAGAUCUAUAUAUAGAUAGUUGUUAAUUUACUUAAAAUAGCCUUAGCAUGGCAGACAGAAUUAACUAUCAGUAUCAAAACACUCUGGGGUGCCAAUCCACUGUGCCACCCAGGCCGUGUGUCUUUCCAGGAUGAGGAGGAGGAUGAUGAUGAUGAUGAUGAUGUGAUCAGUGGUGCGAUGUGCCUUCAGAUCAUGCCAGUACCCUAAAACGACUCCACAUGCAAGCCAAACACACACACACACACACACACACACACACGUCUUUUUAAAGAAGGUACAAUGACUGUGACAGGGAAACAUGUACAGCUGCCAUACAAUGGUGAGAAUAAGACACACGUGCCAAUCUGAGCAAAAACCAGCAAAAAAAAAAAAAAAAGGUGUUAUUUCACACAGGCGCAUGAGUUUAUAUUUGUGAUAAUUUACUGUAUAUGCCUCCAAGCUGUAAGGAGGUGCAUUUGUUUUUUUUUAAAUCACAUACUAGCUUUAGAAAGGUAUGUUGACUGCAAGCUGGCUCUUCAGAGCACUAUUCCUUCUGUUGAGGCAUGUGUAAUUGUGGGCAGGUUUGGAGUAAUACAAUUAGCAGCACUGCCUCGGACUCCACUGCUCCCUGUACCUGUCCCACAGCCUCUCCAAGCUGUGGCAGACUGUACCUUCAGAAAGGGCUUCUGUGCACCAAAGCCCUCUUUUCUGGCAAUCACAAACCAUGCGUUUAAAGACUGUUUACUUAGUUGUAAGAUGAUGUGCAAUGUUAUAUAAAUAUAUUUUUUAUCCACGUUGUAUUAACUGGAAGACCAAUUUUUUUUUGCACUUUUUUUUUUUUUGGUAAAAGCACUAAAAAAAAAAAAAAUAAA